AUGAGCGCGCGCCGUAAAAGUAUCGUUUCGCAUGGACUGAAUCAUACGCGUGCGUCCGUUGUCUCGCUCUAUUCAGCGCUUGAUCCACACGAUGAUGAACAUCAUCAUGGCAAUCAUCGUCAUCGAUGGUUUUCAACUUCAAGUAUUCACAAGAUUGAUGUCUAUCACGUUCUGGAAAGACAAGAAGGUACGAAAACAUUGGCUUAUCAUUUAUUUGUUUUCGUGUUAACACUGAUUUCGCUUGUAUUCGGUUCGAUAUCCACCAUUCAAGAAUGGCGACUUACAUUAGAUACCCCAUUGUAUUACGGUGAAUUAUUCUUAUGUGUCUUUUUCACUCUUGAAUUGUUAUUACGUAUCUGGUCAGCUGGAUGUCUUUCGCAAUAUCGAACAUGGUUCGGUCGAUUGAAAUUUAUUAGUCGACCAGUGAUUGUUCUGGAUAUUCUAACACUAUUUGGAUUUGCAUUAGCAUUAGGAUCAGGAAUGCGAACAAAAGAACUUCCAGCGUUGACAUUGACAUUUCUUCCACCAUUACAAAUGAUUCGAUUUCUACGUAUUGAUCGACAACUAUCAUCGUGGAAGAUUUUAAAAGGUAUUAUUGUUACUCAUCGACAAGAGCUCACAGUUACAUUAGUUAUUGCGUUCAUGUUUCUUAUCUCGGGCUCCUAUUUGGUUUAUAUUGCUGAAACACCGAUCGAUCCGAGUUUGAACAAAGGACCGUUUCGAUCUGUUGCAGAUACCAUGUGGUUUUCGAUUAUUUCGAUGACAACGAUUGGCUUUGGUGAUCUCUAUCCAACAACUUAUGUCGCUAAGAUGUUCACCACCACAAUUUGUUUUCUCGGUGUUGCAUUUUGGUGUUUACCGACAGGUAUUAUCGGUAGUGGUUUGGCUAUCAAAGUUCAAGAACAAAAGCGUGAUGAGGCACUUAGUCGUCUCGUGCCAGCUGCUGCCAGUGUCAUACGAAAUUGGUGGCGUUUACAGUGUACGUAUCAUGGCGAUCGCUUUGUUUCCACAUGGAGAAUUCAUACACUGAUACAACGUCGUGUUUCACCAGCUAAAGAAAAGCCUGAAUCAGCACCCGUCACUAGUUCUGUCACAGGUAAAGUGAAUCCAGCUCGAUUUAUGUUUACACAUUCCACUAUUCCAACAACGAAAAUAAAUUCGAUUCGACGUAAGUCAAUUAUGACGAUAGAGGACUUACCGAAACGUUAUGUAACCGCCAUAAAAAUCAUCCGGAUACUGAGAUAUUCUGUUGCUUGUAAGAAAUUUCAACAAGCCAAACGUCCAAUUGAUAUAAAAGACGUCGUGAAAGAAAAUACUCAAAUGAACAAUCGUCUUACAAGUAUGCUGAACGAUGUCCAACGGCGAUUGGAUUUAGCAUUAGGAACGAGUAAACCAGCAUCGUAUCUAUCCGAUGAGCAAAAAAGACAAUUGAGCCUUAGUGCUCGCAUUGAAAAAGUUGAAGAAAUCGCAAAUCAAUUCGAACUAAAACUAAAUUAUUUAGAACAACUUGCAUUAACAUUAACCGAAAAUGCAUGA